AUGGAGGUGGGUCAGAUCUUCCAGAAGUUCGAGUGCAAAAAUCGAUCAGACGGUGGAAUCAUUCGGAAUGUUGUUCAGUGGAGUGUUCCAAGCUUGUUAGAGGAUCAAGAAGGUGCAACACUUGUUGUGACUGCAAAAUUCGAUAAGGUCACUAGUCGAAACGUCUACCUUCAGUUUGAAGAGAUAAGUGUUAGAAACAUUAACAUCAAUGAGCAGCUUCAAGCUCUUAUCGCACCUGCAAUUCUUCCACGCUCAUUUUUAAGCCUUCAGAUUCUGCAGUUUAUACGUACUUUCGAAGCUCAGAUUCCAGUUAACGCAACCAGCCCAGGAAGGAGAUCUGUAGGUGGACUGUAUUACCUGUCUUAUCUCGAUAAGAACAUGCUCCUGGGUCGAUCUGUUGGAGGAGGAGGAGUAUUUGUCUUUACAAAAUCUCAACCCCUCGAGCUGUGGGAAUCAGAAAAAUUCUGUAAAACUCUGCUUUUGAACUGUAUAUCAUGGAGAGUAGAUGAACAUUAU